AUGGUCUCCCUAGCCACACUGAGGGGCGCCAACAAGGUCGUCAUGUUCUCCUGGGUCACAUGCCCCUACUGCAACCGCGCAGAGAAGCUGCUGCAGCCCAUGACGACGGAUCUGAAGAUCCACUACGUGGACAAGAUGGGUGAGGGCGAGGCGCUGCGAGAGGAGAUCCGCAAGUUGUACCAGCACGAGACUGUCCCCGCCAUCUUCAUCAAUGGGGAAUUUGUUGGCGGCUGCAGCGACGUGGAGGCACUUGACCGUGAGGGCAAACUCAGCGCAAUGCUUGGGAAAUGA